AUGGCAAGCAUAGUCGUGAGUAACAUUUCACAAGCACUGCGGUUUCGUAUUCUUUGCUUCAAGGAACGUGAUCAUUCCAAGAUGCGAUUCAAUGCCUCGUCCAUGGUAUUUUUUCGUUUUCUUCUACAAGUCCUCGUAAUCUGGUGUGUUAUCUAUUUGCUCAAUCAUCUCUGCUUGCGUUUCCAAGCAACGAAGCGGCCCUACAUUCGUUUACUCAGAUCGUUAGGUUGUCAUGUCUCGAUAUUUAACAUCGGAUUCUAUACAACAUCGUUUAAUCGUGCGUUCUAUCGAAUCGGAACAAGCAAUGCUCGUCUAUGGAAAAUCUGGUUUACCAUAGGCAUACUUGUAGCUUUCGGAACAGCUGUCACGGCUUGUUUUACAUUGCUCGUUUUACCAAUGAAAUAUAUCUAUGAAUUGCAAAGAAGAAUGCCAUCAAAAUUCGAACUAUCAUUGAAUACAAAUGGUGGCACGCAGUCAUUGCUUGAAAAUGCAAGUCAUCAAAACGAAGCAGUCGAAGAUGAUCGCGAUAAAUUAUUGAUACAACCUAUUAUUCCUGGCAUUAAUGUGCCACUAGAACAGAUUCCACAUUUCUUCUUAGCGUUACUUCUGUGUACUAUAUUUCAUGAGUUUGGCCAUGCUGUUGCAGCCUCAGCUGAACAAAUUCGUGUAAAUGGUUGCGGGUAUUUUUUAUUUCUUGUGUAUCCAGGUGCGUAUGUUGAUCUACAUCAAGAACAAUUACAAAUGAUAUCUGCUGUAAGACAAUUGAGAAUUUAUUGUGCUGGUGUUUUUCAUAAUAUGGUUUUAGUUCUUAUCGCUCUUAUUUUCCUUCUCCUCAAUCCGAUUUUUCUUCGAUAUUUUUACACAGAAGCAGCGACUGUCUACCGUGUAUCGAAAGAUUCACCGAUACGCGAUCUUCUACCUAUUCAUUCGAUAAUUCAAGCCAUUGAUGCAUGUCAUGUGAAUACAUCUAAAGAUUGGUAUCAAUGUUUACGCACGAUCAAUGAUCGAACUCCGCAGCAAAGUAGUGGGUACUGUUUAACUCAAACUGAAAUACAACUUCAUUCAAGUCAUAUUGAACUCAAUCAAACAAGCCAUCAUGACUGUUGUCAAAACUUAUCUCAAAAAAACUAUUGUUUUCUCUUUCAUUCCAAACAAUAUCCUGAUCAAAACGGUGCAUGUAUGGAAGCUCGAGUUGUAAUUAAACAUCCAUCUUGUUUAGUCAACAGCGAUUGUCAGAGUUAUCAAGAAGAUGCCUCAUGUAUUCAUCCAUUUUCAUCGGACAAUAUUACACGCUUGAUACGUAUUGCGCAUUCCAAUGGCCCACCAAUACUUUUUGUUGGUUCCAUUCAUGAAAUCUAUCGAACUAUCAGUAUCCAGUCUUACAAGCCAAACUACCGAUACUUUCCAACGGCACUCAUACAUGACAUUCCACUAUUUUUCCAAUAUCUUGGCGCAUUUUCAUUCGCAUUAGCCUUCUUCAAUGCUGUACCAUGUUAUGCGUUAGAUGGUCAAUAUAUCCUCUCUUCAUUCGUCGAAUAUUUAUAUCCAAGUUUGUUCAAACGGCGUCGUGCUGGUAUUCUACUUGGUUUAAUUUUCGGUACUUGUCUUUUGAUUAUUAAUGUUUCACUUGCUUUUGCUCGUUACUUUCUUUAA